GUCCUUUGGUCUCCAGCGGGAUCGGUCGAGCUACUGGCCUCUCGCCUGAGACUGCUGGCACAGGGCGCGUGAUACCGCGACAGCCCUCGGGCGUCAUCGCCAUCUUCGGAGCCCUGGGCUCCGCCUUUGCGGCGGCGAUCGCCGCGCUGAGCUCGGGAAGCGUUGUUCUCGGGGCGUUCAGUGGCCUUGCAGUAACAUGCUGCAUCACUGGCGUGGCCACGGGGGACAUGCUCAAAAGGCGAAUCCUGUUGUCUACCGAGCCAGGACUCGUGCCAGACUGA